GCAGUGGGGUUUAUGUAAUCUCUAUUUUGAUGUCCAUGCUGAUCCCAUUCGCUAUGCAUUACAGAUACUGUGCAAGAAUUAUACGCUCGCGCUUUCCAUAUUAUUCUUGGAGAACCGUGUAUACCCCUUCCACUCUCUCCUCCUCGUAGGCAUAAGCAUAACCAGAAGUUGGUCGGUACUGUUUGAUGCAGGCUUCUCCAGACUUGCGGCUCUUUUCCCAAACCUCGACCAACGUCAGCCCGAGCAGCCGUGGCCCAAAGCCUUGCUUAUCAACCCGAUCCCGUGUAUGCGUUUCGCUACGAUCGUUGCCAUCCAGCGACGUCGUGAAUGUACACUCGCCCUCGGCAACCAUGGCGCCCGUGACGAUGAAGAGGUGCUUGCCUGCCGCCAUCUCUGCCCUGACGGCCUGCUGCCACAUCAACUGGUCCGCAGUAUAGCUCUGCAGCCUGGAGAAUGUGGUCGAGCCGGUGACAAAUUGCAACGUCGUCCGGUUGAAGCCCUCGUGGCGCUUCCCGGGCAUUUCCUGGAGCAGGUCACCGCUCCCCGUGCCGUGGCCUGCGGCGGCGAACUGUUUGUAUUUGACCGAUUGCACAUCCCGGGCUGGGUUGAAUCUGAGCUGAGCGACGGCUUCGUCGGGCCUCUUCGGGUUGGUGAUGAUGGAGCCCAGUGGGACGUCGCCUGCCGUCAAGUUUCGCCAUGGGCGCUCGGUCCACUGCCGGUCGCCGGGUUCCUUGUCGAUGAUCAUGAAGUACUCAUCUGGUAUCCUUCGUGCCAAGGGGAGUGACUACAACUUAAAUGUCGACGAGAAGGGAAAAAAAGCAACAUGCGCCUACAGUCAAGUCAGUUUUACACUCAUAAUGGCCACAUUAUCAGGCCUUCCCAAACAUCAUUCCUUUGUUUGGGCUUUAUUUUUCCCCAUGUGUUGUUGGUCGUUUGUCCAUUUGAGCAAGAAAGGCACGUUUGUGAUCCAGUCGUGUGGACCCAAAAAUGCUGGUCGUGGUGGC